GCCGGGCCGCUGCUUCCUGCCGCGCCGCUCGCUCCCGACUCCAAAAUGCCGCUUCUCAGCGUGCCCAAAGAAGUGGCCGUCGGGACGGCGAUGCUGGGGGUCGCCUUUGCCACGGGUAUACUUGCAGGUAGAAGAUACCCAUCUUUAGUUUUUGGGACACCAAGUGGCAUGAUCGGGAAAAACAGUCCUCUCCGACAAUACAUUCUGGAUCACUCUCUGCGGGAACAUCCAAUUCUAAAGAAGCUGCGUCUGCUCACUGCUGAUCAUCCCUGGGGCAGAAUGAUGGUGUCCUGCGAGCAGGCUCAGCUUAUGGCAAAUUUGGUUAAACUCAUUAAAGCCAAGAAAGUUAUUGAAAUAGGUGUUUUCACAGGUUAUAAUGCCUUGAAUAUGGCACUUGUCCUGCCAGAUAAUGGCCGAGUUAUUGCUUGUGAUAUAAAUGAGGACUAUGCCAAAAUUGGAAGGCCACUGUGGAAGGAGGCAGGAGUAGAGCAUAAAAUUGACCUACGGAUUAAGCCAGCAAUUCAAACACUUGAUGAACUGUUGGCCAAUGGAGAAGCGGAAACCUUUGACUUUGCUUUCAUUGAUGCCGAUAAGGAAAACUACAAUGAGUACUAUGAAAAAUGCUUGCGCCUCAUAAAGAAAGGGGGAUUAAUAGCUAUUGAUAAUGUCUUUUGGAAUGGAAAGGUGCUAAAGCCAAGGAAGAAUGACUCGGCAGCGCAGAGUAUCCACCGCCUCAAUGAGAAGCUUCUCAGAGAUGCACGUGUCAAUAUCAGCAUGCUCCCGGUGGGGGAUGGAGUCACAUUAGCAUUCAAGUUGUAACUUGAGGAAGCCCAGCAGAUGGGAAAUAUCAAUGAGCAACAAAUCAUCAGGAAAAAUGCAGGUGGAACAGUAUCAAAAAUUUAAUUUAACCUAUAUCUCCACUGGAUAGCAUAGCCCGGGAAGGCAGACUUUAGGAGCAGCAGGAUCCUAAGGGCAACUAAGUAGAGAAGAGAGAUGUAUUAUGAGAUCUACUAUGGUUUCUUACUUUAAUUGUAAUAAAGUAAAUAAACUUACAUGAAAUUGUCCUUGUAAAACAGUUGUUGAAAUAAUCCCCCUUUAUAGAUUGUCCAACUGACUCAAUACAACAAAGUAAUUUUCCAUCCUAGAAGAGCCUCUUGAGCAGUGCAAUAAUCAGUUAGUACCAUCAAAAGGAAAAGAAGUGCAGUUUACUAAUGUUUAAGCCAUAAUAGAAAAAUGGAUUUUUAAUGAAAUGACAUCAAGGAGAUUGCUAGCCUUCUGAGACUAAAAAUAUUGUAAGUCAUUCCUUAUCUUUGAAGGGUGCUACAGAACAAGCCUCAAAAAGACAUAAUCUGAAAAAAAAGUUCUUUUUAAAAGCUUGCCAAAGAACAAACAGUAUUCACAAUACAGUAAAUGUAUUCUCUAAAA